AUGGCUCAAAAUAACCAGAACUUACUGAAGCUGACAAUUGUUGGAACAGGUGGUGUAGGCAAGAGCGCACUCACCCUACACUUUAUGUACGAUGAGUUCGUAGAAGACUACGAGCCGACUAAGGCCGAUUCCUAUCGCAAGCGAAUAACCUUUGGCAACGAGGAAGUUGACCUUCACAUCCUCGACACAGCUGGUCAGGAGGAGUACAUGGGCAUUCGAGAUGCCUACUAUAGGAGCAGCGAAGGCUUCAUGCUGGUCUUCGAUAUCACAGAAGCGGCCAGUUUCAAUCUUCUCUCAGGCUUCUUGUAA